GUCGCAAUAACACUCAACCAACCCACGGGCAUCUUUUCGGCACCACAUCCCAAUUUUACCAUGUCCUUCGUCUCUGAAAGCUUCUUCUUAUUGUCCACCUUUACCAUACCCUUUGCAUAGCCGACCAGGUCUGCCAGCACUCCUUGGUGUGCUUCUCUAUUGCUACCUACUACGAUACUUCUUUCUAUACCUUCGACGCCACGGCUUCUCACUGGCCUAUUCAGUGCUAUUCAGUGCAAACUCUCGUGCCUUCCACGUGAAGAUUUUUCUUUCCUUCACUGUCAGUCUCCCCUCCAGACCAUCUUUCUGGUGGAUUUCCAGCGUGCAGCCAUGCCCGACCUGCGUCGUCAAGUGCUGGAGAGCGGCAAAACCAUCUCUCGCAAGGCCGCCUCUCGCGAAGGCUCUCGUCGCACGUCGCGCGGCAACUCCACGCCAAAUUCCCAUCAGUCGUCCCGGAAUCCGAGUAGGUAUGGAUCCGACGAGGAAGAUCUAGACAGUCUCAGCGAUGACACCGCCAUGAGCAUUGGCUCGUUGGAUGACCUGACCGAUAACCCGGACGUGGAUAACAACCAUGACUGGGUCGAGGAGCUCGGCGAUGUCAUCCAGGAUAUUCUGGAUCGGAAGCGUAGCAGCAACCUCAGUCGGGAGGAAGCCUACGCUGCCUUUUGCCGACUUGCCAAAUCCCAUUACAUCGAGGAACAAAUUCGCGGCCGUGUCAAUGACCUCGUGGCGGCCUUUGGUAGAAGUAUCAAGUUUGAGACCAGCGUGCGCGAGACCACUCUCGCACUCCGUGCCAUCGAGCUUCUGGCGAUUUCCGCAUACGACAACACAAUCUACGAGAAUGUCGAACCCUUGCUUACUCGCACCAUUCGAGAUUCGACCUCCAACGCCAUCAAAGCCGCGGCGAUCCACUGUCUGGGCGUGAGCACCCUACAUGCAGGCGCCGGACAAGACGGCAUUCUGGACCAGAUGACAUUUUUCUUGGACAUAGCCGCCUCCGACGGGCAGUCGAUCGGUGCCGGGGACGACGCACAGAGUGUCAUCGCAGCUCUGCAAGAAUGGGGCGUGCUUGCGACCCAGGUCGACGACCUCGAAACUGAAAGCGAGGAAGCUGUGGAGAUUUUCAUGGAGCAGUUGAACAGCGGCGACUCUGCGCUCCAGAUCGCUGCCGGUGAGAACAUCGCGCUCCUGUACGAAAAGAGCUACACGCCACAGGAGGAUGAUGAGGACGACGAAGAUGAGGAAGAGGAGUCGGAAGAGGAGUCGUUCUUGUCUAGUGGUCGUCGGAACGGCCCCAAAUUGAUUAAGCGGUAUAAUGCGUACCACAACACGCAUGAACUCGAACAACAACUUCAGUCGUUGGCAACGAUACAUAGCAAGCGGAUCAGCAAACGCGAUAAAAAGAGCUUGCACAGCAAUUUUGCCUCCAUCCUGACAACAGUUGAGAACCCGCGUCGGGGGCCGAUGUACAACACUGCCAUCGAUCAAGACACGAACCGCCACUACGGGAGCAAGCUCACGGUGAAGAUCGGCCGACAGGGCGUGAUGAACAUCGACCGUUGGUGGAAAUGGAUUUGUCUGAAUUCCCUGCGCCGGAUCCUGCAAGGCGGGUUCGCCGCACACUACUACCAAGGCAACCGCGCUGUAUUGGAGAGCCUUCCGGUGAUCAUGCGCAUGGACACGCCGUCGGACCGAGGGACGGCCAAGCGUACGGCCAAAUACCGGAACAGUCGUCGGUGGGCCAUGCACGAGCAGUCGGACGAUGAUUAG